UAGAGACAGUCCGUUGGCGGUAAACAAAGCACGUGGAAAGGCCAAGACAGUGAUGGGCAAGAAAGGCAGGCGGUUCCUGGACAAGCGGCGUGAUGUCCUGCACACUUUCAAGGUCGUGUCUCGCAGCCAGCGUGACCCCCUUGUGGCUGACCCCGAGGCACCCCAGGCCGUCCUGCACCCUACACAGGACACGGCCACCAACAAAUCAGAGCAGGAGAAGUACGGUAUUUUCUUUGAUGAUGACUAUGACUACCUGCAACACCUGCGUGGCGUGAGGGAGGCAGUCAACUGGGAUGAGGAGGAGCUGGAAGUGUACACCAUUCGCUGCGAGGACCCACAGGCAGGAAAGAAAGAGCUGAGGAACAAGAAGCUGGUCCUGCCAUCAUCCGCCUUUGAGUCCUUCGUGGAAGAGCCAAUUGGGUUGCUAAACAAGGCCGCUCCACUGACAGGUCCCAGGCCAGAGUUAGACCCUGACGUGGUGGCGGGUCUUGAUGACGACGACUUGUUCAACGAUAACGUAGCAUGUGGACCAGAAGAUGAUAAUGCUUUGCCAGACAACUUUGUGAUGAUGCUGAACUCGGAGGUCCCCAUCCACCAGUUAGAUGACGACAAGGAGUGGGAAGACUACGAUGAAGAGGAGGAGGAGGAGGAAGAGGAUGAGGAAGAGGAGGAUGGAGAAAUGGUUGGGCUAAGAGAGGAGGUUAAUGGCUCGCAUCUCCCUUCGUUUGCUAAAUUAAGUGCAUACAGAGAGAAGGGUCAGGACGAGGGUUAUGAUGCGGACGAGGAGGAGAAAGACUUCAGCAGCGACUUCAACGACAGCGAGGAUGAGGAGGGACGGGACGAGCUAGGCAGCCUGGACGCGCCCCCUUUCCCCAGACCCUUCCUGGAUGAGGAGGAGACACGCUCACACUUCACCAACUACUCCCUCACCUCCUCUGUGCUGCCUAGGAAGGACCAUCUCACUACACUAGAUGAUUGCUUUGAAGAGAAGUUCAUCCGGGAGUACGGGGAGGAGCAGGUUGGGGCGCUGGAUGGGGAGGACAUUGAUGGGUUUGUCGGGGAGGAGUCACCUCUGUUCCGCCAGGCCCUGCAGCACUCCCAGCGCCACCUGCAGGACGACACACAGGAUGACCAGGAUCGCAUCAUUAAGUGGAUCAAGGAUAUGCAGGAGAGGAGAGGAUACACUGAACAGGAGGAGAAGGAAGAGGUGGAGGUGUCUGACGAGGAGGGCAAGGAGCGGUGGGACUGUGAGACCAUCCUAACUAUGAACUCCACCCUAUACAACCAUCCACGCACCAUCACUGACCCUCCACGACGCAAGAAGAUCGCUGUCGACCCUCGCACUGGCAUUCCCCUGGAGCAGCGGGUCAGCGGCUUGACCCGCCGCAAUCUGGCACACCACGACAAGGCUGCUGACACGCCUGACAAUGAGGUUGUGGCAGACACUCAGACGCUUAUCACCAGCAUGUCAGCCAUCUCCAUCCGACCGCCGGGGGAAACCACUGAAGAGAGAAGGUUCAGGAAGAAAGCCCUUAAGGAACUGCGCAGGGAGCGCCGUGUGGAGAAAAAGCUGAACCGAGCGGCGUUCAAGGGAGAGAAGAAACGGCAGGAGAAGAUUCUAAUGAACAACAAGUAUAACAACAAGAUUUCCCUCAUGUAAUACUAACACCACUAAUAAUCUUAAUAAUGUUGCUGCCGUUGCAUUAUUAUUAUUAUUUUCCCUCAUCAAAGUAUUUAUAUAUAUAAUUUCUCAUAUAUAUAUAUAUAUAUAUAUAUAUAUAUAUAUAUAUAUAUAUAUAUAUAUAUAUAUAUAUAUUACUAUACACACACAUUAUUGCAGUAUAUACAGAUUCAUAUUUAUAUUAUAGCAUUGUUAUUUUGCUUGGAGGAGAGUUGAAUCGAGAGAGAGAGAGAGAGAGAGAGAGAGAGAGAGGCCAACAUUCUUAUUACUGUCACCUUUCAUUGCUUUACGAGAGGCUACAGUGGAAGUUAUUUAUUUAUUUAUUUUUUUUUAUUGUUGGUGUCAUGAUUGCAGUGGUGUGUGAGGGAAAAAAUAUGCACAUUGCACAACAGCCCAGACAGAGCCCAGAUAGUUACUUGUGUGGCGUCUGGAAAUAGUGUUGAGAGAACAGUGUUUGAUGGACUCUCACUGCACUGCCAUGGUACCAACUUGAGGCAAUAUUCAGAGUAUAGGACAUGUGGACAAACAAAAGAAGGAAUAUUUUCUGUGCUGCAAAACUGAUAUAUAAUCUUUUGUGUGAAAAAUUCAAAGUGAUUAUUAACAGAAAAGGGUAAGCAGUGAGAGGGUUAAGACAGGAAUGAGUGUGUUUGUUUUGCAUGUGACAGGAGCAGGUUAAUAUCCCACAAUUUGCUGCAAGAUGAACUUAGCGUUUUAUUUCACCACUUUCAAAUGGACAAGAUUCUGUUGUCCAAUAGACAGAUGACUCUGUACUCAAUAACUCCGUGAUAUAGCUGUUAAAUAGAGUUUCCCGUUUUCCGUGUAUUGAUAUCAGUGUUUGCAGUCUUGAAUCAUUGCAGAGAUGAGCUGCAAUUGAGAAAACAUUGAUAUAGUAUCCUUGUUUGUGAGCCAGCCAGCCAGCAGCAUUUCCCAGCCAGAAUAGACGUUGAAAGAAGAGUUACACAUUGAUAUAAACACUUGCAUAGCGUUGAAACAUUGCAGGAUGAGGUGUAAUCCUGAAAAAUCCUUCCUUAUCCUGUUCCCAAGCCAGCAUGUCUCCACUCGCAACAGACUCGCCAUAGACUCACUGAUUGACUCGCAAGAUGUCACAUAGUCUUAUUUCCAGCCAAGUUUUCCUUCCCCCAAUGUACUCCACGCAUGACUCACUCACUCACGCACACGUAUGUUGUAUAAAUACUAUUUACUCGCCCCAAAUAUUUAUCUAUGUUAUGUCACUCUGAAAAAAACAUUAAAUUAUACAGGAAAAUAAAUACUA